CUUCUGAGCAAACGUUUUCAAAAACGACUUAAAAACGAAGAAGUUACCAUAUGGUAUGUAGUUGGUAAAAAAAAAGUUUCUCGAAAUAUAUUGAAAAUUGAUCUCAUUUUGUAGAGUACAACGAACUCGUUCCAUCUGUGCAAAAAAAAUUGAAAUCCGAGUUAGAACGAAGAAGAUAAGAGCCGAUUAAGAAAACUAGGAAAAAUAAAAUGUCUUUAAUUGACAACCUUAUAUCUGAAUUUUCAUCCACUUAAAUUUAAAGGUUCAGAUUUAAUCACUUAUAAGUCAAUAACCAAUGAUUAUUGACUCUAUCCUAAGCCCAAUUACAGCGACUCAGUCUGUUUAGAGUUGAAGGCUUGAAGCAAUCCAGUAGUUUUUAUUUGCGUAUACGACAAAGCCAGAAAACAAGCAGCCACGCUAACACCCAGUAACGUCUGCGGUUUGUCUCGCAAAAGUCCAAAACCUUUCCCUACCAACACAAGUUCGAGACAUCUGCUCCACCGCAAACCUCUCUCUCUCCCCCGACAGAGUCAUCUGAGGAUAAGGGAAUCCAAAAAUCCAACGACACCCUCCCGUUCUCCACCUCACUUUCCUCUUCUUCUUCUUCUUCUUCGUCUUCUUCUUCCUCCUUGUUCCUCUUGGGCUCAUAUGGCAGUUGCUUUUUCUGGGCAGCCCCUUUCUUCUUGUGCCCAAUAAAUGCUUAGCAAUGGAGUCUCGAAGAAGACUCGCCAUUCUUUGCUCCCACCUACACCCCUCGUCCGCUUCACCUGUUGCUUCCUCCCAAUCACAGUUUCUGUCUCCUUGUAAUUCUUCUUCUGAUUCUAAUUUUAUGAUGGGCUCCGGCGGUGGUGGUGGCGGCGAAAAACAGAGGGACCAAGAUUGUGUCUUUUGCUCUAUUGUUCGCGGCCAAUCUUCGGCCUUCAAAGUAAUUUGAAUCCACCAACUCCCUAAUUGAAAAUUUUGAAUCUUUUUGGAGUGGAGUUUAAUGGGUUCUCAAGGGUUUUUUUGGUUUGCCUCCGGAUUUUGCAGCUUUACGAAGAUGAUUCUUGCCUCUGUAUUUUGGACCGAAACCCGUUGAGUCAUGGGUAAGGUAUAUUUGCCUGAAUCAAUAUCUUUAGUAGAGCUUCAUCUGGAUUCAUUCUAAAUUUCUAAUCCAUGCAUGCUUUUAAUGUUGCUGUACUUGCAAAUGUAAAUGAGAGAGUACUUAAGCAUUUUGCUUGCAGCUUUUGUCACCACUUCUGCCUGAAUUUGCUUAUUUGGUUUCAUGCUUGGCUUGCUUUCUUAGGCAUUCCCUUAUUAUACCAAAGGCUCACUUUUCUACCUUGGAGUCAACCCCUCCAUCUGUAAGUACUCUGGAACUUUAUUAACAAGUCCAUAUGAUGAUGGGUGAUGCAAAUGUGCAUGCAGCAAAUUAGCAUUCAGUUCACUACUCCCACUGUGUUUUUCCUGCUUGAAUGCCUUUCGUUAACUAUAAAUAUCCAUAGAAAUGAGUAGACUAAUGGAUAUAACGAUUCCUUUCUAGUGGCACCGUAGGAUUUCCAUAUACGGGCUCAUUCUGGAAUCUAACUCCCUGCGUUGAUCUAACUUGUUAGUUAUGUUUAUGGCAAGUUGGUGCCUUCACUCAUCACUGAGCUGCGUCAUUAGAAUAUUUUAGUGAUCUAGGGGUGCUUUCUUCUUGGUGAGUCUUCUGAGGUGCUGUAUUUAUCAAUCCUGCAGUUGGUGGCAGCAAUGUGUUCAAAGGCACCUUUUAUUGCGAAUGCUCUUAUGAAGGCCACUGGCUCUGGUAAUACCUUCGACACAACCUAUUGCAUAUGUUCUCUCCUGGGCCAUAAUCUCUCUUUUUCGUUGGAUCCUGUUUGCUGCGUUUCUCUGUGUUUAUCUCGUUGCAGUCCCUGAGGAUGUGCCCUUGCCUCUGAAUCAGAAAGACUAUGUGCCCUUGCCUCCAUCUACGAACACGAGUUCAUAAAAUUUUGUGUAUAAGAUACUCUGAAUUCAUUUCUACGUUGUAGGGAGAACUGCUAGCUCGUUAAACCUGUAAAACAAUGAAACUUAAGCAAUCUGGUUCUUCUGUAAAACUUAUUGAAGUUCUUAUAUCUCGUCUGUGUCCACUUGUAUGAACCUAUAUCUGGUUGAAAAGCUCUCUGGAUCUUUAUUUGUGCCUAUGUAGAUAGAUAGGUAGCCAACUAUUCUAAGCAUCCACAUUGAAGAGCUAUUAAUAUCUACUUUCUAUUAUUUGCAGAUUCAUUCAACAUGCUAGUGAAUAACGGGGCAGCUGCAGGGCAAGUUAUAUACCAUGUGAGUUGAUUCCACAUACCAUCUCAUUUUCUGCCAUUUCUCAUAGAUUGUUUUGACUCUCUGUAUUCACAUUCCUCUACAGACGCAUAUCCAUAUAAUCCCUCGCAAGACGAACGAUUGCUUGUGGACGACUGAGGUAUUAGAUGCACCCACCUUCUUUACAUAUUCUUCUUGCACAUUCAAAAGCAUUGUAUACUUCAUGGAAUGUGGGAAUCAAAUGGUGGUUGUUACUUUUCCAGAGUUUGCCAAGGUAUCCCAUAAUCUUCGAUCAGGAAGCUUCCCGUCUCGUUUCAUCCAUCCGAGAGCAGCUGACAAACGUUUAUGGUGAUUACAAGGGCCAGGAAUCAGGGCUAUCUCGAUUCUCUCUCUGACCCUGGAAGAGCAGAACAGAUGCCGCCGUUGAUGAUGUUGCACAUGUCGGCUUACAAACAGAGUUACAACUUACAAGUUACGAUGUACCAUAAACAAAGGGGAGAAUGUAUACUCUCAAAGUGUGUUCGUUGAGAAAUGAGAAUCCUCAAGGAUCAAACCGUUCACUGGACUUGUAAGACUGUUUUUCAACAUUCAUAGUUUCAUACCAGCCAAAUCUUGUAAAAACAAUCAGCUUCCUAUUGAUCUCGUUUGAAAGGAAAGGACACUGCAAAACGGUGCCGUAUAUGAAGAGGUAACAGCUAGGGAAACGGAAAAGAUCCCACCUUCUCCUAUACAGAUUCGGACUGGUCGGAGUGAACUCUGCUUCUCCUUUUCCGACGAGAAAUCGGCAACAAAAUCAGUGGCUAUAAAAAGACCCGACCCCCGACUAACGAAAACCCAAUUGCAAACUCGCUCUCAGAUUAGCAGAGGAGAAGGCCAAGAAGAAAUCACCAACCCCCUUGUCAGGUUCGAUCGGCAGCUGAAAAAGAUGCAGGUCUUCGUGAAAACGCUCACCGGGAAGACGAUAAAUCUAGAGGUGGAGAGCAGCGACACCGUGGACAAUGUGAAAUCCAAGAUUCAGGACAAGGAAGGAAUUCCGGCCGAUCAGCAGCGCCUGAUUUUCGCCGGGAAGCAGCUGGAAGACGGCAGAACUCUGGCCGAUUACAACAUUCAGAAGGAAUCGACGCUUCACUUGGUUCUGAGGCUAAGGGGAGGGACGAUGAUCAAAGUGAAGACGCUCACGGGGAAGGAGAUCGGUGUCGACGUGGACUUGAACGACACGGUUGCAGGGAUAAAGGUGAAAGUGGAGGAGGUGGAAGGAAUCCCGCCGAACCAGCAGCGGCUGAUCUUCAAAGGAAAGCAGAUGGCGGAUGACAAGACGGGGAAGGAUUACCAAAUUGAAACCGGCGACGUUCUUCAUCUCGUUCUUGCCCUCAGGGGCGGCGCUGCCGGCGGAAGUACGGCUCGGUUUAAUUAGUUGGGCUUGGGCCAUGGUGCCGGAUCGGGACUUUUAUUUUUUCUCUCUAUAUGGGCUUUUGUUCAAUCAUUUUUUAUUUGUCUGUGGGAGGAUACGUUUUGUGAUUUUUUCUUUACAUAGGGAAAGGAUGUUUUGUUAUGAUUUCCUAAACUUGUAAUGGAUUUAAUUCUGUCACAUUAGUUAAAAGGGAAUUUCGAUUAUACCAAGCUGGCGACGAACAUUAAAAUUUAUCUAACAAUAAAUAUAGUAAAAUGAAAUGUCCUGA